AACCCGCCCUGGACGCAAUCAGGACGCUGAGGGUGGAGGCGCGGCCCGGGCUGCGGGGAGGGGCAAGGUAGAGCCCGGCCUCCUGCACGGCCCGGGCUACGGCUGCCCCUGGGCGUGGCCUCUUCAGUCCCACCCACUGACACGCCCCCGGGCCCCUCUCCGGGCGGGGGUCCCCUCCCUCUCCGGCCCUGGACCGAGCUUAGCCAGCUCCCCCCCGGGUGCCAUGGCCUCGCGGCUCCUGCACCGGCUGCGACACGCCCUGGCUAGCGAUGGCCCCGGGGAGGCGGCGGCAGGCCCCGAGGCCGAGCAGUUCCCUGAAAGCUCCGAGCUGGAGGACGACGACGCCGAGGGCCUGUCCUCUCGCCUCAGCGGCACCCUCAGCUUCACCAGUGCCGAGGAUGACCCGGACGACGAGGACGAGGACGACGAGGCCGGCCCCGACUCGCUGCCCUCCGGAGACGGGACAUCGGGAGAAGACGCAGAACGAAGCCCCCCACCUGAUGGACAACGGGGCAGUCAACUCCUGGCUCGGCAGCUGCAGGAUUUCUGGAAGAAGUCUCGGAACACCCUAGUUCCACAGCGGCUGCUCUUUGAGGUGACCAGCGCCAAUGUUGUCAAGGACCCUCCCUCCAAGUACGUGCUCUACACCCUCGCCGUGAUGGGCCCAGGGCCACCAGAUCGCCAGCCAGCCCAGAUCUCCCGCCGCUACUCGGACUUUGAGCGGCUGCACAGAAACCUGCAGAGGCAAUUCCGGGGCCCCAUGGCUGCCAUCUCCUUCCCCCGUAAGCGCCUGCGCCGGAACUUUACCGCAGAAACCAUUGCCCGCCGGAGCCGGGCCUUUGAACAGUUUUUGAGCCACCUGCAGGCAGUGCCCGAGCUACGCCAUGCUCCAGACCUGCAGGACUUCUUCGUGCUGCCCGAGCUGCGGCGGGCACAGAGUCUCACCUGCACUGGCCUUUAUCGCGAGGCUCUGGCACUCUGGGCCAACGCCUGGCAGCUGCAGACCCAGUUGGGCACCCCUUCUGGCCCAGACCGCCCCCUGGUGACUCUGGCUGGGUUGGCUGUGUGCCAUCAGGAGCUGGAGGAUCCUGGGGAAGCGCGAGCAUGUAGUGAGAAGGCUCUGCAGCUGCUGGGGGACAAGAGGCCUCAUCCUUUCCUGGCACCCUUUCUAGAGGCCCAUGUCCGGCUCUCCUGGCGCCUGGGCCUAGACAAACGGCAGACAGAGGCCCAGCUUCAGUCCCUACAGGAGGCAGGCCUUACCCCUAUCCCACCCCCCAGCCUCAAGGAGCUGCUCAUCAAAGAGGUGCUGGACUAACUUUUA